UUGACGAGGGAAAAACGUGGAUCGUGUUUUCACUGCGCAUUCAAGCAAAACGUCGUGCUGUUGAAUCAGUUUUUUGUAAUUUUUCUCGGUGAUUUCGUUUAUUUGUAUACUUGUGCAGUACUGUAGGUUGUAGUCUCACAAUAUGAAUACGGAGGAAGAAGUUCCGGCUAGAGUCACACGCGGUGCCCUUCGUCGGCGCUCAAUCGACCAAGAUGCGACACCCCAAAAUCCGGCGGGUUCCGGCACCGGCGCUGCCGGAGGAACUCCAAAAAAAGCGACCAGCACCAAAAAGGGGUCUACACUGGGCGCAAUUCAGGAGGCUCAAGGCCGCCCAUCAACACCGGUAGUCGGCGGUCGUACUACGCGUCGUCGAAUGUCUGAAUCGUCCGACACACCAACCACAGCCCCGAACAAGGCAGUUCAGAUCCUGAAGGAUGCGGAAACUGGUACCGGAUCCGGACGGCGUUCGCGUAACAACUCGCUGACAUUGACAGAGGAAAAUGUCGAGCUGCUGAACCAAGCGAAUGAAGGGACCAGCAUGGGCGGGCGCACUCGCACACCGGCCCGUCUCCGAGCGUCCCAUGAAGCACUAGUCAGCACGACGCCCCAAACGGCCCCGCCAGCCGUACGGCGUUCAACUCGGCGCAACAGCGUCACGUCGGACGAUGGUUCCAUACAGUCGCUGCCAAUCACCACUCCGAAGACACCGGUGGUGCGCUCACUCAAGGAAGAAACCAUCGUCGAGGAGGAUGCUAGCAGUGCCGAUCGUAGCGAGCCGGAGACGACCACAAAUCGGAACACUCGACGCCAGGUUGGCACACCGAAGGCUACUUCGGAAAGCCCUCGACGCCAGGUUGGCACACCGAAGGCUACUUCGGAAAGCCCUCGACGGGACGCUCCUAGUCCCCUAUUGUCGGUUAAAAAAGAAAUGACACCGACUCGUGCAAGUGUCUCUCCAAAGCCUCGUAAUUCAACACCACGUUCGAAAAACGUUUCCUUCAGCGAUGACUCUAAACAGGAGGACCAUCAGAGUGGCUACCCGAAAACGCCCACUUCACCUGGAAAGAAAUUUGUCUUGGUUGAGGUGAAUGAUUUGCGUAACACACAGCUAAUCAAUGGUGCGCCGAAGGUAAAUGCUGAGAUAGAUUUGAAUGGAAGUGCCGAGAAGGAUAAGGCGGUCAAGGAUGUCCUAGCCGGGUCACCUACAAUCAGUGUUGAUGGGGAGAACUCUGAAAGCGACCCACCGAAGGCUGUCGAGGUAGUUAAGGAGCAGGAUGAAAAGGAACAGAAAGACAUUCCUGCUUCCCCGGUAGCAGUGAAAAUGGCCAAUACUCCGGCUAAAGACAGUACGCCGAUGAAAACGUCCGAAUCCAUCCCGGUUGGUGACCGUUCAGAAGUGAAUGCAAAUAAUAUAAGUGGUAUCGAGGAGCUGGAAUCCUCUAUGAUCCUCCCAUCGUCCAAUAAGCCGAAAUACUGGAGCAACUCGGUGCGCGGUACCGCCACGCAACCGAUUGACUUAUUUACAGUAAGUAAGCAGGAGAAGGGCAGCCCCAAGCACGAGGAAGAACAAAAAAGCACCAAAUCGCCUGACAAGUUAGUUGAACCUAAAGAAGCCGAACGCCAUAUAGAAGAAAAGAAUGAAGAGGACGAAGAAGACGAGGAGGAGGAAGAAGAGGAGGAACGGGACAGGAAUGAGCUAAUCAAUGAUGAGGCGAUGGAAGUGGACGGUUAUCAGUCAGGCGAUUCAUUGGAUGCCGAAGUAAGACAGGAGAUGCAGGAGAAUGAAAUUCUGGAUCAUGGCGAGGAUCUUGGCAGUGAAGAUACGGCCGACGAAGGCGCCGCAGAUGAACAGUACGAGAACGAUUCGUUUAUCGUAUCGGACGACGAUGAGGAGCUGGACGAGGAUGCUUUGCUGAAUGGCACUGGGGAUGAUUUAAGUACCAGUGGUAGCCCGAUCAAGUCGGCAAAGAAAGCAACCACCACACCCCGUCGCCGGAUCAUUCAAAUGGGCGAUGAUAGCGACGAGGAACUAGAGGAAAAAUUACUCUCGACACCGCCCUCUUCGGAUCAGAGCGUUGCAAACCGAUCGUUGGACAUAAAGCGUUCAGCGAAACGUCUACAAACGACUGACGAAGAAGCCUCUCCAGAGAAGAAACCAAAUCGUCAGUCGGUGUCGAAGGACGAAACCGGAGACCGGAAGGUGUGUACACCGAAAAAGAUACCGAUGGAGAAAUGUGACGACCCAAAGGAUACUCCGAAGAAGAUCGAAAGCACUCCAACAAAAGUCCUUCCGUCGACGGCGGAAACCGAUGUGGCAAAGGGUGGUACUCCGAAACAGUCUACUAAUACUCCGGGUAAGCUGCAGUCUUCUCAAGAAACGAUUACUCCUGCAAAAAGUGUAUCUGAUAUUACCCAACCUGAUACACCCUCAACGGCGGAUGUUUCGACGUCGCCUAAUAACACAAAGGAGGAAGGCGAUGAGUCAUCGCUAGACGAACUUAACAGCGUGUCGGUCGUACUGUCCCGUAAAAGCCUUCCCGCCAGUUCAACGGAGGAUCGGCUAUCGGCGGACAGCAAAUCGGAAGCACGUAAAAGUCUUCCUGCGAGCACUAAAAUGCAAUUCACCGAGGAAGUGACAACGGAGGAUUUGCAUCCAUCGUCUUCGAAUCUUGACGCGUCGUAUCGAGAGCAGGAGGAGGAGGAGGAAGAUCAACAGCAGAGCGGCAAAGCUGCGGAGCAAAGUAACGCCAGUGAAGAUGCGGUCGAUCAAGAAAGAACCGAAAAAUCCGCCAUUUGCAUCACGAGUGAUGAGGAGUACUUUGAAACUUCCGAUGUUAUUGACCUGGCAGAAGAGAGCAAAGGAAAAUCGGUAGAACGGGAGCUGCCCCAGGAAGAGAAAUCGGAGGACACGGCCUUGGCUACCAAGCAACAACCAUCGCCGACGGUAGUGGUGCCACCCGUCAAACCGGCCCGAAAGUCUCUUCCAGCGGCACCGCUGAUUUCGGCCCAGUUUUAUCUCGGCGCCUCGAAAAAGGAAAAGCGGAACACGCUCGGUGGUGUUCCCUCAACCGUUGGUGCGACCUCUACACCAAACCCGAAAAAAACGAACAGUGCGAAGACUGCCAACGCCUCAUCGAAGCUGGUGGCUAAUCCGUUCGCUAUGGCUUCGGCCAAGAACGCAAAGGGACGUUUGUCCAUGGAUGAUGCGGCUGUCAAGCAGACCAAGACGGAUGAUCAAUCGAUGCAAAAGACGAAAGUGAAAACUCGUAACUCACUGCCGACGAAGUUGGACGGCGGGAUUCUGGCGGACGGGGCCAAUGCGUCGAAGAAAAAGAGUGACCCAUCGAUCAUGGAGGAAAGGGAGAAGCACGCUGUCGAGCAGGACGAACCAGAGCCGAUGGAGGUCGAUGAGUAUAUUGAGGAGGAGAACGAACAAAACGAUGAUGGCGAAGGCGAAGGUGAAGACGAAUCGGAGCCGGAAGAAAAAACUACUAAAUCAUCUGUCGCGAAGCCGAAAACUCCGCUGAAGCCGAAGAAAGCUCUUGAGGAUUUCGAUAUUGAGAGCAUUCUUACGCGGUGCAAUGAGGUGGUACGAGCGAACAAGGAACGCAAGAAGCAAUUGGCUACACUGGCACAACAGAAACGGGACGAGAAAAGACGGCUUCGGGCGCUUCGUGAGCAGCAAGAAAAAGAAGCAGCUGCCAGCAAAGGUGACAACACCGUGAAGGACCAGCCAACCGAUUCCGAGGACGAAACGACGGGUGAUAAGCAACCGAACGCGACUACCACCAGCAACAACGACACUACCGGGCAGUCCAUCCCAGGUGGUGGACAGCAAAACGAUGAGCCGACGAAGAAAAAGAAAAAGCGCAAGCCGAAGAUUAAGAACUACGUCCUGGAAGAGAUGAAGGAGUUAAAGAAGGACCACGUAUCGGAAGCGUUGCUGCGCAAAAUGGAAGCGCGAGAAGCGAGAAAGGAGCGCAAGAAGGCGAAGCGUGCGGCGCAAAUCAAGCAGCUUAAUAAGGAAAAUGGGCUCUCGGUGGGGGGCGGCAGUGCGUCGGAUGGUGGUGGUAUUGGUGCGAAGUUGCAGAAGGUAGCGGCAAAGAAGAAGCAGCAACAGAAGAAGGAGGAAACUGCUGCCACGGAGGAGACGAAGGAACAACCCGCGGUACGUGUAGCCGUUUCGGCGUUUUCCGUUUUCCAGCAGUUGCAGAACAAUUCGAAACCGGUCAACGGUGGUGGUGCGGCGCUUGUUAACAGUACGAUGAAAGGUCCGCAUGCGGGAGUGUUGUCAGAGGUGAAGAAGGGCCUCAAAAAAGGCCCGGAACCGGUGGGAACGAUAACAAAACUGAAAGACGGCCAACCAAAAGCACUUCACUCGGACGAAGCGGCAGGGUUGAAGAAAAUCGGUAAGCUAACUUCGGGCUCGGAAGUGAAGGAGAUUGCUGGGAAGCCGUCCAAGGAGAAUCGUCAACCGACGGUGGAGGUAGUGGCGAAGACACCUACUGCAGACAAUGUGGUCAGCGCGAAGAAGAGUAAGAUGGCAGCGGCACAGAAAGCGGCAAGCGAAAGUCAGCUUCAGCAGCAGCAGCAGCAGCAGCAGCAGCAGCAGGCUACGAGUUCGUUUGAAAAUGUCAAAGCUAAGGAGGCCAUGACAAAGAAUGUCGCUUCGCUCGAUUCCGCCGUUUUGCUUCCGAAGUCUCUACCGGAUCCAGUCCAAGAGGAAACGCGUAAACUGAAGAAAUCGAAGAAAAACAAAGCGGGCAAGUUGAGUGCAGCGGAGGGGGAGAAGGAUGUGCAACAGUUUGUUGAGGAGAAGCAGGAGGUGGCGAUCGAGCAGGACCUUCCGAAGUCGGUGCCAAAAGAGAAGAAGUCGAAGAAGAAAGCACAGGAAGUAAUUCCGGAAACAGAAGACCGUAGUGGGUUGUUGAAGGAAAAGAAGCCCAAAAAGAAGGCGGCCGCGAUGACUUUGGAGGUGGCAGAAGAAGCGUUGGCAAAAGAAGUCCCGGAACCAAUCGGGAAGGAAAAGAAGCUCAAAAAGAAGUCAGCCGCUGCUGCCGCCAUGAGACACGAUGGGGUGAAUGGAGAAACGCUGAUGGCUAGCGCGAUCCGCGAGGUUCAUGCAGCAAUCGAGGGCUCGAAAAAGAACAAAAAGGCAGCCCAGAAGAAAAAGCUCGUGGAUAUAGAAGAGCAGCAACGGGAUGAUGGUUUGUUGCCAACGAAAGAACCUGCCAGCGAUGCGCCGAAAAAACGCAAGCGCGAUCCGAUCGAUGGUUCGACGCCUCGGCCGACCAAGCUGCGCGCUCUUCAAAGAGCCGACCACGGUGGUUUCGUGGAGGCAACGGUAACGCCGGACAAGACACGUCUGAAGCGUAACUUCGGGUUCGAGGAGCUGCAGGCCACACCGAAGGCGGUCGGUUUCAAGGUGUCCUCGCUGCUUCCAACCGACGAGCUGCGCACCCUGGCCGAGGAGACAACCAAGGUGGGUAAAUUGCAAAGCACCAAGAAAAAGGGAACGAUGGUGCCGGAACCGAACCGCGCGCUUCCGUUGCCGGUGUGGACGCGCUCCGGCUACUUCAUGGAGAUACCGGAGGAGAACAACAAGGGAGGUGUCGACAAGCGUCCAAAAAAAGCGACCGAUGCGGAUGAGGAUGCGGGCUACAUUUCGCUGAAGGGCCACGAUAACUUUAAACUGAAGACUCUUCGGAACGGUGAUGGCGGCGGAGCCGCCUCGUCGUCGGCCAGUGUGGUAAAGCCUCAUCGCAUCGACAAGGCCACGGUUGCACCGUCGGUUAUCAGUUUUAAGCGGCAACAGUUGCUUGAAAAAACGGCCCAUUUACGCGAGAAAAAAGGUGGCCGGAAGUAGUAGAAUAACUCACACCCCGAAAUUAUGCCACCCCCCCACCCAUCCUGUGCCCUUUUGUACAUAGGCAUCAUAUUUUUCCUCCCUUUUCUGCUCGGCGGUCAUGCGGCGGGGGGUUACUCUUUUGCUCAUAAUUUUUAUUCGUUCCACUUCAAGUUAUUUCCAUUCCUUUUUUUAAAUCUCUCAUAUAUUGGACGAAAUCAAAAUGACCCAGAAAUGUAGCGAUUGCGUGCCGUAAAGAAAUGUGUGUAUGUAAUUAUAUUGGAAAUGAAAAUAAAAUGAACUUUCUGCUGGUCUAUACACAA